AUUGGAAAUCCUUCCUCAUUUUGGAAUAGCGCUUUAACAUUACUUCACAUCCCUCUGUAACAAAUGGGUUGAAACAGUUGUUGCACUUUCUCACUAGUUAGCACCCCACCGACAGACUGUAAGCAAAAUUACCAACUAAAUGUAUCAGUGUUCAACUAUUGCAACCUCUGGCGUGUGGUUGCAAGUAAAACCCUUGCGAAAAAUAAGCAUUCCCCACUGGGCUCUCACAUUGUUGCCCUUUGAAAGGUCUCGCCCGGUGCUGCGAUCAGCUGAUGGUCCUUUCCUGUUUUGGAGGCGCAUGUGACUGGUGAAUCAUUGAAGACAGCAGAGUGCGCAGCUCUGAAUUUAAAGUGAGGAAAUCUACGUAGAGUGGCUGUGUUCUGCGCGAUGGCUGCUCUGUCCACAGUGUACUCGGCUGCCACUCUGCUCUUUUUCUACGUUGCACUUGCACUGGUCAGUUCGAAGAAACCCAACAUAGUUUUGAUCCUGACGGACGAUCAGGAUGUUCUCCUGGGCGGAAUGACACCGCUGAAGAAAACCAGAAAACUUAUCGGAGACCUUGGAAUAACCUUUACUAAUGUGUAUGUGGCCAGCCCACUGUGCUGCCCCAGCAGAUCCAGUAUCCUGACUGGGAAGUAUCCCCACAAUCAUCGUGUGUUUAACAACACCCUUGAAGGGAACUGCAGUAGUAAAGCAUGGCAGAAAACACAAGAGCCACAUACCUUCCCAGCUAUCCUCCAUGAUCAUUGUGGAUAUCGAACAUUUUUUGCGGGAAAAUACUUGAAUGAGUAUGGAUCAGAGCCUGCAGGUGGAGUUGAACAUGUUCCACCAGGCUGGGAUUACUGGUAUGCUCUGGUGAAGAAUUCAAAAUAUUAUAACUACACACUUUCUGUCAACGGAAAGCCACAGCAUCAUGGCCAGAACUAUAGUAAAGAUUAUCUAACUGAUUUACUAUCGAAUGUUUCAUUGGAAUUCUUGGAAUACAGACCCAAGUAUGUGCCUUUCUUCAUGAUGAUCUCAACUCCAGCACCACACUUCCCUUGGACUCCUGCCCCACAAUAUGAAAAAAAUUUUAUGAAAGUGAAAGCACCAAGGAACAGUAACUUUAAUAUACAUGGAAAGGAUAAACAUUGGCUAAUCAGGCAAGCAAAGACGCCCAUGUCCAACUCUUCAAUUCAAUUUCUGGAUAAUGCUUUUCGAAAAAGAUGGCAAACAUUAUUAUCAGUGGAUGACCUUGUUGAAAAAGUAGUGAAGAAACUGGAUGCAAUCAAAGAGUUAGAAAACACCUAUAUUUUCUUUACAUCAGAUAAUGGCUACCAUACAGGUCAGUUUUCUUUGCCAAUUGACAAACGACAGCUGUAUGAGUUUGAUAUCAAAGUGCCAUUACUAGUGCGAGGACCUCACAUAAAAUCUAACACUAGUAAUAAGCUGCUUGUAGCAAAUAUUGAUUUGGCUCCCACGAUCUUGGAUAUUGCUGGCUAUGACAUUAACAAGACGAGGAUGGAUGGCAAGUCUCUCCUGCCUCUGCUGAAUGAUGCUGCAAAAAACGUGACCUGGAGGACUGACCUCCUUGUGGAGUAUCAAGGGGAGGGACGGAAUAAAUGUGACCCUUACUGUCCUUCAUUAGGGCCUGGGGUGACAAGCUGCUUCCCUGAUUGUGUAUGUGAAGAUGCAUAUAACAACACCUAUGCGUGUGUGAGAACUAUUGCCACCCCAGCUGACCUACAGUACUGUGAAUUUGAUGAUAGUGAGGUCUUUGUGGAAGUCUAUAAUCUAACCUCUGACCCACACCAGAUCAAUAAUAUAGCAAAGACUAUAGAUCAAGAAAUCCUUGAGAAGAUGAACCAUCGUCUAAUGAUGUUACAGUCUUGUUCUGGAUCAACAUGUCACACGCCUGGGGUAUAUGAUCCAAGGUACCGAUUUGAUCCUAGACUAAUGUUCCAUCAUGGUUCUGCUGCACCCAAGCUAUUGCGUAAAAUCUUAUGAGAUCUAUUUGUCAGUUGUCAUUGUGAUAUGCCAUCUCCCUUCUCUGUGGGGCCAGGACUAAACAGAGGAAUUUUUUGUUUUCCUUCCUACAAUCUCCUUCAUUCUAUCAAAAAUGUGCUUUCCAUGUCUUCAAAAACAAGUAAUGAGAAAUUUUAAUACUUUUAGUUUAGUUUCAUCAGCUAUUUAUUUGUGAGAACUAUCGUCUUUAAGUUAAAGGAAUGUGUGCAUAUAAUCACUCAAGCGAAAUAUGACCCAAAUCAGACAGUUGGGCUUCUGAUCUCUUUGCAUGAACUGUUAUCUGCCAACCAGCAGCUACCGCAUCCUCUUUGCUGGGUACUGCGUUUCCUUGCCAGUGAAGUCCCUGCAUUUGAACACCAUGACAUGGGCAGUUUGCAUAUAUAUCCUGCACAAACUUUGUUGUAAAGGAACAAGCUAUAGACGGCAGGGAAUUGAAGUGAAUUCUGCUCCACGGUGAUAGAAUCUUCAUUUUUAUGCUCAGGAGGCAGAUAAUUGAUUUUUUUUAAAAAAUCUAUUCAGAAUUUAAUUUGUUGCCUUUGCCAUUCCCUGUCUUGGAAUGGAACAAACUAUUCAAUGCUGAAGAAUGAUAAAUAAUUUCCUUCUAGCAUUUUUGGGCUCAGACUGGUGCCAGUGGAAUAAAUUCACCUGAAUUGGAAUGAACAUUCCCCAGUGUUAAAUACUCUGUUUUAAUCUUGGGCACAAUGGCACUAUUUCUGUUCUACCCCAGUUGAUUUUUGUUUUUAUUAUCAACCGCAGAUCAUUAACGGACUCCACUGUUUGUAGGCUACAAGAUUUCUCAAUCUCUUGGUUGUGGCUCUUUGUGUUGCAUCCUUAAAAAUGGAAAGAAUGUUGUAUUUUUAAGUCAUAUUGCCACCAAUUGGCUAGCUUGCCUGUUCUUUGAUUCUUUUGUUAGGGAAUUGUGGAUAAGUAAAUUACUUAGUAUUGUCAAGUUUACUUCCAAUAUGCAUCAUACAAUAUUUUUUUAAAGAUGGAAAUGUUGUGUUAUUAAGCUUGAAAUAUUCCAACAGGUUCAGAAACUUAUCUAUAAAACCUGAUUUCAAUAGAAUGAAAUGGAGAUUACUUUCAAAUGACAUAAUUCAAAUAAUUGCACUGAAGGAUUUGGGGUCCCCACUUAGUCAUCAAACCUGCUGGAUCUCUGCUGUUGUGCAUUCUUCUUCCCAGCUGAACAUGAGAAAGAUUUACCACUGAAAGUGGCUAUUCAUUGCUUACAAAAUAUGACAAGAAUGGCAGCCGUAUCCACCAUCCUUGUUAACCUGCCAUUUGGCUAUCAAAAUACCUCCAUAUUUUUGUCUAUCAAGUGUUGGCUAAAUGAUCAAUUGUACACUAAACCUAACCACUUAAUAUAGUAUCCUGCACUGUUGUAUAAAACUAUCAGAAUAUCUUGUCUUUAUAUUCAAGGGUGAAAUUUUUUUUUGAUGUUUUACACUUGUGUUAGUAUUUUUAAGUGUUGUAAAAGGCUUGAUAAUUAUGUUAAAGUGCAAACUAAUUCUGGGUGGAAUGAUAAAGCAAUGCAAAUUGUCUGAAGUUUAAACAAAACAACUAGGCUUUUCACUGGCAUAAAUAUUUAGUGUAUGAUUGGCAUUAGGCAUCUAAGUUUUUGUGCAUUAGUGAAUAAGUUUAAUUAUCGAUGCUUGAGGACUUGGGUUAAACCACGGAAAGGCAUAUCGUAAGUAAUCAAGCAGUUAAAGAGCAAGCAUCCGACUUGCCCUGUAAUACCAGGGCUCAGAAAGCAAUUUGCACAGUAUUGCGUUACUGAUUACAAAUCCCUUGUAUUCAGUCCUAAACUAAGAUUUCCUUUUAUUUCCCUAAACCAGUAUAUCAUACAGUUUGGAUAACUAUUUGUACAAAUAUUAGUAUUAGGGAGGUUUAGACCUGAGGCACUUGUAAUGCUGGUUUGAAUUGAGAUUUCAUGCUUUUUCCAAAGAUGAGUUAAGUGCCCUUGAUUGUAUUUUUGAGACUGUAUGCGUGUUUAUGAUGGCUGAAUUCAAAUCUUGCACUUAUUUAAUAAACUACUUUACAAUUUCAA